GAUCUGUACAAGGACGUCAUGAUGGAGGAUCACCGGCCCCUCACAUCACCAGUUAAGGAAGAGAGAACAACGCCCGAGAGAUGUCCCAGUCUUCUUCCUCCACAGGAUAAUUCAGAAGAACAUCACUAUGUCCCACAGGAUGAUCAGGUAGAUGGAUAUAAGGACAUCAUGAUGGAGGAUCACAGGCCUCUCACAUCACCAGAUAAGGAAGAGAGAAGAACACAGGAGAGAUGUCCCAGUCCUCUUCUUCUACAGAAUGGGUCAGAAGAACAUCACAAUGUCCCACAGGAUGAUCAGCUUGUGAAUCCGGGUGAAGAUCUGAACAAUAUUAAUCCUACAGAGACAUAUGUGAGGGGUGAUGAGCAGAGUAUAGAGGACAUUCCUACAGAUAACCGCCCAGAUGACUGUACUAGGAACUUAGAGAAACAUCUGGUAUCUUCAGAUUCUAAAGUAGAUGAUCGUGGUAUCAUACAAGAUCUAUAUGAACAUCAUGCCAAUAUCCAAGAUAUAUCUUCAUCCAAUCACAGCAAAAAUGUAUUUUUUGAUCCUUUUAAACAGGUCCGAUCUUCUGAUUCAUUACAGACUGUAACACAGAAUAAAAGUCAUAGAAAAGGUGUUAAACACCCAACAGCUCUUGUAAGAGAGAAGACAUUUUCAUGUUCAGAAUGUGGAAGAUUUUUUAGAUAUAAAUCAAAAUUAGUUGUACAUCAAAGAAUUCACACUGGGGAGAAGCCAUUUUCAUGUUCAGAAUGUGGUGAAUGUUUUAAGUCUAAACAAACUCUUGUUAUACAUCAGAGAAUUCACACAGGAGAGAAGCCAUAUCAAUGUUCAGAAUGUGGGAAAUGUUUUAAGAAUAAUUCAGCUCUUGUUGUACAUCAGAUAACUCACGCAGGAGAGAAGCCAUUUUCAUGCUCAGAAUGUGGGAAAUGUUUUAAUCAGAAAUCAGUUCUUUAUAGACAUCAGAGAAUUCACACAGGGGAGAAGCCAUUUUCAUGUUCAGAAUGUGGGAAAUGUUUUAAGAAUAAAUCAGGUCUUGUUAUACAUCAGAUAACACACACAGGAGAGAAGCCAUUUUCAUGUUCAGAAUGUGGGAAAUGUUUUAAUCAGAAAUCAGUUCUUUAUAGACAUCAGAGAAUUCACACAGGGGAGAAGCCAUUUUCAUGUUCAGAAUGUGGGAAAUGUUUUAAGAAUAAAUCAGGUCUUGUUGUACAUCAGAGAACUCACACAGGGGAGAAGCCAUUUUCAUGCUCAGAAUGUGGGAAAUGUUUUAAGGAUAAAUCAGGUCUUGUUGUACAUCAGAGAAAUCACACAGGGGAGAAGCCAUUUUCAUGUUCAGAAUGUGGGAAAUGUUUUAAGCAUAAAUCAAAUCUUGUUGUACAUCAGAGAAAUUACACAGGGGAGAAGCCAUUUUCAUGUUCAGAAUGUGGGAAAUGUUUUAAGCAGAAAUGGGCUCUUGUUGUACAUCAGAGAAAUCACACAGGAGAGAAGCCAUUUUCAUGUUCAGAAUGUGAGAAAUGUUUUAACAGUAAAUCGCAUCUUGUUGUACAUCAGAGAAAUCACACAGGGGAGAAACCAUUUUCAUGCUCAGAUUGUGGAAAAUUAUUUAAGCAGGAAUCACAUCUUGUUGUACAUCAGAGAAUUCACACCGGGGAGAAGCCGUUUUCAUGCUCAGAAUGUGGGAAAUGUUUUAACCAGAAAUCAGCUCCUGUUACACAUCAUAAAACUCACAAAGAGAAGCCAUCUUCAUGCUUAGCCCUUUAGUGACCACUCUUAUGUGUUUGUAUGGUAGUCAGUGUCGGUAACUGGCUUUAUUCGUUCAGUUACUCCUUUUUACAGGGACAUAAAACAGAACCUUGCUUUGAGUUACCAGAGGUGGCCGAGGUCUUGGAGUGAUGAUUGGGACCACUGUGAGAGCUCCCCAAAACAAACAUAGUCUCCUAUAUUGAAUGAAUACUGGUCAUCAAAGGAUAGAUCCAGUUAAAAGUGAAAGUUAAUACUGUAUAUACAGUACUGAUCAAAAGUUUAAGA